GAUGUCCCCAGGGUGCAUACUUGUUAUAUGUAUAUGAAAUAAAGGCUGACUUGCAUGAAUGAGCAUAGGAAUAAAUACAAAAUGACUGUACAAUCAUUGUUUUAUUGUAUGUGACAGCUAAGACAUGGGUGAGGAAGAAAUAUGAAUCUGAAAUAAGACAUUUAGUGUAUACAGAAUACUUUUAGUGAAAAAAAAUCAAAACAUUGUGAAACAGUCAGAGAAAUGCUAUUACAUCAUCAUCAUCCAGUAUAUACAGGCAGACCCCAACAUAAAGAGAACAGAGGAUGACAGGGUUCUUCAUGAUCAUGUCAUUCCCUGAGUCUCAAUGUCCACUGUAUAUUGUCUACGUACCUAAUGGCACCCUAUUCUCUAUAGGGCCCUGGUCAAAAGUAGUGUACUAUAUAGGGAAUAGCAGGGUCCUCACAUUUUCAAACAAGGUGGUGCUGCUGAGUACAGUGGGAUGGGGGGGCAGAAAACAAGGUGGAGCAGCAUGGUGGGGUUGGGGGACAGAUCACAAGGUGGAGCAGCGUGGUGGGGUUGGGGGGCAGACCACAAGGUGGAGCAGCGUGGUGGGGUUGGGGGGCAGACCACAAGGUGGAGCAGCAUGGUGGGGUUGGGGGGCAGACUACAAGGUGGUGGAGCAGCAUGGUGGGGUUGGGGGGCAGACCACAAGGUGGAGCAGCAUGGUGGGGUUGGGGGGCAGACCACAAGGUGGAGCAGCAUGGUGGGGUUGGGGGGCAGACUACAAGGUGGAGCAGCGUGGUGGGGUUGGGGGGCAGACUACAAGGUGGAGCAGCAUGGUGGGGUUGGGGGGCAGACUACAAGGUGGUGGAGCAGCAUGGUGGGGUUGGGGGGCAGACUACAAGGUGGAGCAGCGUGGUGGGGUUGGGGGGCAGACUACAAGGUGGUGGAGCAGCAUGGUGGGGUUGGGGGGCAGACCACAAGGUGGAGCAGCAUGGUGGGGUUGGGGGGCAGACCACAAGGUGGAGCAGCAUGGUGGGGUUGGGGGGCAGACUACAAGGUGGAGCAGCAUGGUGGGGUUGGGGGGCAGACUACAAGGUGGAGCAGCGUGGUGGGGUUGGGGGGCAGACUACAAGGUGGAGCAGCAUGGUGGGGUUGGGGGGCAGACCACAAGGUGGAGCAGCGUGGUGGGGUUGGGGGGCAGACCACAAGGUGGAGCAGCGUGAUGGGGUUGGGUGGCAGACCACAAGGUGGAGCAGCGUGGUGGGGUUGGACAGACAACAAGGUGGAGCAGCGUGGUGGGGUUGGACAGGCAACAAGGUGGAGCAGCGUGGUGGGGUUGGAGAGACAACAAGGUGGAGCAGCGUGGUGGGGUUGGACAGACAACAAGGUGGAGCAGCGUGGUGGGGUUGGACAGGCAACAAGGUGGAGCAGCAUGGUGGGGUUGGGGGGCAGACCACAAGGUGGAGCAGCAUGGUGGGGUUGGGGGGCAGACUACAAGGUGGAGCAGCAUGGUGGGGUUGGGGGACAGACUACAAGGUGGAGCAGCGUGGUGGGGUUGGGGGACAGACCACAAGGUGGAGCAGCAUGGUGGGGUUGGGGGAUAGACUACAAGGUGGAGCAGCAUGGUGGGGUUGGGGGGCAGACCACAAGGUGGAGCAGCAUGGUGGGGUUGGGGGGCAGACCACAAGGUGGAGCAGCAUGGUGGGGUUGGGGGGCAGACUACAAGGUGGAGCAGCAUGGUGGGGUUGGGGGACAGACUACAAGGUGGAGCAGCGUGGUGGGGUUGGGGGACAGACCACAAGGUGGAGCAGCAUGGUGGGGUUGGGGGAUAGACUACAAGGUGGAGCAGCAUGGUGGGGUUGGGGGGCAGACCACAAGGUGGAGCAGCAUGGUGGGGUUGGGGGAUAGACUACAAGGUGGAGCAGCAUGGUGGGGUUGGGGGGCAGACCACAAGGUGGAGCAGCAUGGUGGGGUUGGGGGGCAGACCACAAGGUGGAGCAGCGUGGUGGGGUUGGGGGGCAGACCACAAGGUGGAGCAGCGUGAUGGGGUUGGGUGGCAGACCACAAGGUGGAGCAGCGUGGUGGGGUUGGACAGACAACAAGGUGGAGCAGCGUGGUGGGGUUGGACAGGCAACAAGGUGGAGCAGCGUGGUGGGGUUGGAGAGACAACAAGGUGGAGCAGCGUGGUGGGGUUGGACAGACAACAAGGUGGAGCAGCGUGGUGGGGUUGGACAGGCAACAAGGUGGAGCAGCAUGGUGGGGUUGGGGGGCAGACUACAAGGUGGAGCAGCGUGGUGGGGUUGGGGGACAGACCACAAGGUGGAGCAGCGUGGUGGGGUUGGACAGACAACAAGGUGGAGCAGCGUGGUGGGGUUGGAGAGACAACAAGGUGGAGCAGCGUGGUGGGGUUGGAGAGACAACAAGGUGGAGCAGCGUGGUGGGGUUGGAGA